AACCAGAUGCCAAAGAGGUACCCCACAGUGUCUCAUGUAGACUGUAGUUCAGACUGAGGUAUUGAAUAUCAGCAAAGCAGGACAUAUAGCAGAGCUGAUGGAGGCAUGACCACUCUCUGUCCCUCUGCUUUUUAAAGAUUAUGCUCUCACUCUAAAAAAAUGCUAAAAUAAACUAUAAAGACCAAGAUUAGUCAAUACUUUGUAAGAAAUUCAAAGGCUUAUUAAAAUUUGAUACCCAUUGGGGUCACUGCUCUCCCUCUGGGCUAUGGCGUCACUGAGUCAGCUGAGUGGUCACAUCAACUCCACCUGUGGGACAGACAACUUCACGGGGGCCAGCCAGGCUCGCCCACAUGCCUACUAUGCCCUGUCCUACUGUUCGCUCAUCCUUGCCAUUGUCUUUGGCAAUGGUCUGGUGUGUGUGGCCGUGCUGAGGGAACGGGCCCUGCAGACCACCACCAACUACCUGGUAGUGAGCCUGGCUGUGGCUGACUUGCUGGUGGCCACCUUGGUGAUGCCCUGGGUGGUGUACCUGGAGGUGACAGGCGGAGUCUGGAAUUUCAGCCGCCUUUGCUGCGACGUUUUCGUCACCCUGGACGUGAUGAUGUGUACAGCCAGCAUCCUGAACCUCUGUGCCAUCAGCAUCGACAGGUACACUGCUGUGGUCAUGCCAGUUCACUACCAACAUGGCACGGGACAGAGCUCCUGCCGGCGCGUGGCCCUCAUGAUUGCGGCCGUCUGGGUGCUGGCCUUUGCUGUGUCUUGCCCGCUCCUCUUCGGCUUCAACACCACAGGAGACCCCAGUGUCUGCUCCAUCUCCAACCCUGACUUUGUCAUCUACUCUUCAGUGGUGUCCUUCUAUCUGCCCUUCGGAGUGACUGUCCUCGUCUAUGCGAGGAUCUAUGUGGUACUGAGACAGAGGAGACGGAAACGGAUUCUCACUCGACAGAACAGUCAGUGCAUCAGUGUCAGGCCCAGCUUCCCCCAACAACCCCUCUCGCCUGGCCGGACACACAUGGAGCUGAGGCGUUACUACAGCAUUUGCCAAGAUACAGCCUUUGGGCCACCAGGCUUCCAAGAAGGGGAAGGAGAGUUGAAAAAGGAGGCGAGCACUCGGAAUUCCCUCAGCCCCACCGUGGCACCCAAGCUCAGCUUGGAGGUUCGAAAACUCAGUAAUGGCAGGUUGUCAACAUCCCUGAAACUGGGGCCCUUGCAACCUCGGGGAGUGCCACUUCGGGAGAAGAAGGCAACCCAGAUGCUGGUCAUUGUGCUUGGGACCUUCAUUGUCUGCUGGCUGCCCUUCUUUCUGACUCACGUCCUCAAUACCCACUGCCCAGCAUGCCACGUAUCUCCAGCGCUUUACAGAGCCACAACAUGGCUGGGCUACGUAAACAGUGCCCUCAACCCUGUGAUCUAUACCACCUUCAACACUGAGUUCCGUAAAGCCUUCCUCAAGAUCCUGUCUUGUUGAAGGAGAGCAGA